AUGACCGGACACUCCAAGGCACCCCCUCUGUUCGAAGACGCUGUAAGUGCAGACGCAGUCUUGCAGUCUUCGGAUGGCAUACGGUUCUAUGUGUCUAAGGCCAUGCUCGCUGGGGCCUCCCCGUUCCUUCGCGACUUGUUCUCUUUGGAACAACUAUCAACGAAUGCGCCCCCAAAUACAGCGCAGCUCUGCAUCAUUCACCUCGAUGAAGACAGCGAGUCCAUCGAAUCUUUUUUGCGUAUCAUUUACAACUGCAGCAAUACUGAAGAGAAGGAUCUGAGCAGUAUUGGCCGGAUGCUCGAAACCGCGAGGAAGUACCAGAUACGAGGAGCCGAGGAAGUAGCGCUGAACUGCAUGUUGCCCCACGCCGACAUUCAACCACUGGAGACAUACGCCUUUGCAUGCCGCUUCAACAUUGAAGAAGUAGCCGCUGAUGCUGCAGUGUUCUGCAAAGACCGCUACAACCGAAAGUUUCCCAGGCCGGACUCUACGUUUGCGGCUUCCGUUGAAGGGGCGUGUUACGUCUCCGAAAUGAGUGACAUCUCUACCGGGCAGUAUUUCCGCCUUUUGCAAUUCGUGCGGGCCCCCAUCGAAACCGUCGAUACUCGUCCGUCCAGCUUUUGCAAGCCUCGCCACACUUCGGGUUAUCACAACGCCCAGAAACACGUCGAGCAGCCGAAGAGAGAAGUCCCUGCUCAAGUUAUUCCGGAGACAUACACCCAGCCCACCGACCUCGCCCUUCAAUCGACCGACCAAUGCGAGCUCAGAGUCCAUUGUCUGGUGAUUGAGUUGGCCGGCGGGCGGAUGCUGAUCAACGAGGCGGUCGAGACGGCGGCCGACGGCCUGCCUAUGGCCCGUGUAGGUGCACCCGGCUGGGUGCUCGCGAAGGUCGUGCAGCUCUGCUACCCAUGUGGCGCGCCUGGUAUCUUCCAAGACCUCCCUGCAGCCCGUGAGAUCCUACGUGUCGCCGUGCGCUACGACAUGUCCCCCAUCAUCGCGCUAGCGCAGGCCGAGCUCGCUCAGCUCGUGCCCACCGCCCCGCUGCGCAUCUACUUCAUCGCCGCCGAACACGACUGGCUGGCGCUGGCGGAGCAUGCCGCUCGCACGCUUGCGACAGCGCACCUCGAAGACGUGUACGUGCCCGAGAUGGAGGACGUUUCGGCACGGGCGUAUUUUCGCCUGCUGCGCUACUACCACGAGUGCCGCACGACCAUCUGCCGCGUCGCGAGCCGCCACUCAGACUAUGUCCAGGGCUGGCGCGCCGUGUCGAAGCGCACGCAGACGAAUCUGGCGGCGCUUGCGGUGCCCCUUCCUAUCGUCGAGAUGUGGACGCAGAAGAUGCUUUCCGCUCAGGAGCAGCCGCAUACGGACGGACAUAUCGUCGGGCUUCGAGGUGGCAGAGGGCUGGGGCGGCGACACACGCAUGGUGUAGGGUCCCUGGUAGGGCCGGACUUGCAAGUAGACUAUGUCGAUGCAGCGUACGCGAUGGAUAUGGAGAUUAAGGAGGAGCUACUCAAGGUACAACCAAAGCUGGACGAAAUUUAGCAGAAUAACUGCUUGGCUGUUGCUGAUAUCGAGCCCAAGGUUUUUGCAGGGACUAUGCGCGUCGUGAAUCCC